AUGUUAUCAACUCUGAGAAGGGUUCAGUGCAGGCGUUUCGAUGAUUUCGAGCUACGGAAAUGGCUGCGGCAACUUUCAGUACCGAGACGGGUCUCUUUAACGGCUGUUCUCAUCCUCUUUUCACUCUAUUUCAUUAUAUCUUCGUCAACUUCUGUGCCUUAUGUCUCAGAAUCUAAGAAAUGCCUCAGUGAGCGUCUGAAUGCUUGGAAGACUUUUGAAAACGAUAAUUUUCUUGCUAUUUCCAACAAAAAAUUUGGAUUCAUCGGCAAUGGGUUUAUCGGAAUAGGUAGCGAUGGAGAGUUGCGACUAAAAACAUCUCGGGUUUUAUCAGUGCGAAGUGCCUUUUCUCCUAUUAUUGAUGCAAAAAUUCAGGAUUCGGAAUCGUUUGCUGAAAGUUAUAUAAAUGAUUAUCGUGAUGGCACAAUCAUCACUGUUCGAUGUUAUCGUAUUAAGGACCAAUGUAUUUGUACUACGCAACGUGUUUAUGCUCAUCGAAGAAGACCACAUCUAUUGAUCCAGGAACUUCAGGCGACAAAUCCAUCGAAUGGUGAUGUCGAAAUUGAAUUGUCUGUAGAAAUUUCGAAAUAUUGGACACAGAGAAAGAGUAAUAGUUUAACCGAUCCGGUAUAUACGCGUUAUUUCGAGUCGGAUGGAACAAAUACAUUAGCUGUUGUUGCUUGUACUAAAAUCCCUGAAACCGUUACGGUCGAGCAGAAGCAUGAAAUUUCUUUGCGCUUUCUCUGUGUCAUUAAUUAUAUUUCACAUUCACUCAUCGGAAAAAACAAAAAUACUGAGUUACGAUUGCUGAAUGAAGGUAUUACCAAGGAAUUUGCAGAUUACAGUUUACUGGAUGGAACCCUUCUGUACCGCGAACAUUCAGCUGCUUGGCAGAAGCUGAAUACAAUUACGUUUGAUAUUUCAAAAUCUCUGGCUCCAAAUGCUCUUAAUGCUAACGAAAUCAACGCUGCACGUUAUGUACUGCUAUCAAAUAUGCGUGAUCCAAUAUUGGAAAUUGGAAUUAGUAUAGAACAAAAGGAGGCAGCAGCAGGAUCAAGGAAAAUAAUAGAUAUGUGUUAUACAGGGCAUUCAACGCUUCUCGUACCUUCCCGUCUAUGGAGGAAAUCCGAUAAUGUCAAUGAAAUUAUUGAAACAAUGAAUAUCUGGUUAUUAACACUGGAGAAGCGUGGCUGUUCUGGUCUUCUCAAAGCUGGCGCUAGUGGUCUUGCCGAAGCAUUUGUCCUCAGUCUUCUUGCAUCCAAAUUUUCUCAUGGGCAUUUGGAAGUAGAUAUUGAUCCAGCUGAUUUACUGCGAGAAAUUACUGUUAAGAAUUUAUCUUAUUCUCCUGACACAAAGAUUUCAAUAAGUGUCCAUUUAAAUAGUGGUAAUCGACCUUAUUUCAUGAUCUCAUCCAAUUCGCAGGUGUUCGCAUGUGAUGCAGCAUGUUUAAAUCAUCCGAUAGCUAUCGGACGCUCAAAUGUACAUAUUCCGAUCAAAAUAACUAAACCAGCUACUCCGAUUUUAUAUAUUUCACAUAACAAAAACCAUCUCGAGCAACUGCGAGGAACGAUACAUGUUGUUGAGGUUAUGGAUGCUCCAGCUCAUGAGCUUGGAUUAAUUGCACUUCAUAGACAUGGUCAUCGUUUGGGUGGUCUUCCAAUAAUGUUUUGGCUAAUGCUUGGUGCUUUAAUGAUUAUAUUCCAUUUAUUCCUUUUCAAGUUGCUGUAUUCAGAAUGGAAAAAAGGUGACACAAUGCCCUACAAUUAUUACUUGCGACAGCGUUAUCUUCGCAAUCACUAA